GGCGCGCGGGGUCCAUAUAUAACCCAGAGGUGAAACUGAUUCAUCAGAGCCCCAACUAUGUGUUUUUGUGCCCAACAGUUAGGUUACUCUGUCUGUGUAAAGUAGGUUAGCUAGGCAACCCAUGUGAGCUGAAUUACGGAAAGUAUUGAGGGGACACGGACAGACGCAUGUGAGGGAAGUUGGAACAUUUUCUGUUUUUAUCGGGAUUUCAGCAGGAGAGCGAGAGUAACACUUCAGCGCAACGCUAGCUUCAGGCCCUGGAGGGAAGCAUGUGGCUCCUGGAGAAGUUCCGUGGCUCUCACAAUGGUCACUCUGCGUCGGCAGGGGACAAGCAGCAGACCCAGACUGGACCCGUCUCCGUCUAUAACAACAUCAUCACCCCUGAUAAGAUCCCUGACUUCUUCAUCCCCCCCAAGCUCAUCUGCUGCCCUUCAGAGGCAGAGUGCCUAACUCCGGAGACCCAGCCUCGCUCUACUCUGUGCCCCUCCGCCUCGGAGCACACCAUCUGCAGCCAAACCCAGGGCAACUGCACCCGGAACCCCCGCAGCCCACGUCUGCUCUCCCGGCUGGCUGGGGACACCCGCAGCCUCUUGAGGGCCGCUAAUCGCCACGUCAUCCAGAUAGAGAGCGCCGACGACCCGGGGAGCGGGGUAGGGGAGGGGGGAGACCCUAACACCAAUGCAGACCCCCAGUCCCAGACAGCCAUGUCCCUGCCUUACGUCCCCAAAGCCCAGACCUCGUACGGCUUCUCCACGCUGGUGGAGAGCCCCCACACCCGCCGCAAGGAGUCCCUGUUCCACAGCAACCCCAACAGCCCCCACACCUCCCCGGGCUCCCAGAGACGCACCCAGGGGGGUAACCACCUGACUCCCUCCGACCCCAACCCCUACCGCUAUUUCAGCGGGGGUGAGAGCGACACGUGCUCCUCAGCCGAGUCCUCCCCCUUUACCUCCCCUCUCCUCACCCGCUCCGCCUCCCUCCUCCGAUCCAUCACCCAGGAGACGCAGGCUAAGGUGUCUCGUGCCAAGCGUACCCUGGCACGCCACAGCUCCCUGUCCACAGACGAGUGCAGCUCAGCCGACAACAGCCCCAACCUGACGCGCCGCCGCCUGCGCUGCCCUCCCUCCCCCGCCUUCCGCGGACGCAAGGGGACCGGCUCCGGAGGGGCAAGUUCAGACCUCCAGCGCGAGCACUCGGUCAACCUCCACAAGGGCGGCACGCUGAGGAUCAGCAUGCACUACGACGCCGAAACGGCCCGACUGAGGGUCCGAGUGCUCGCCGCCGAGGACCUGUAUGACAAACAGACGGACGUGAAGAGCAUCAACUGCUGCGUGUCUCUGUACCUGAACCCGGGCAAGCAGCAAAAGCAGAGGAGCACCAUCAUCAAGAACAGCAGGAACCCCGUGUUCAACGAGGACUUCUUCUUUGACGCCGUGCCCGCCACCCAGGUUAAGAGCCUGGCCAUGAAGAUGAAGGUGGUGAACAAGGGUACCAGUCUGAAGAGAGACCUGCUGCUGGGGGAGAGGGAGGUGCUGCUCAGCGAGCUGCUGCCAGGCUUCUAGGGACACAAAGAUGCUCCCUCCCCUGGUUAUCUCCCUUGUCACCCUUCACUCGUUUACUCCAUUUGCCUGAUCUGAUAGGGAAUCAAUUAUGGUGGGCACUAGGUAGAGCUAUUGCUUCACAGCUCACCUACCAUAGUUUACCUACCACAGCUCACUUACCACAGCUCACCUACCACAGCACACCUACCACAGCUCACCUACCACAGCUCACCUACCACAGCACACCUACCACAGCACACCUACCACAGCACACCUACCACAGCUCACCUACCACAGCUCACCUACCACAGCAUACCUACCACAGCACACCUACCACAGCUCACCUACCACAGCUCACCUACCACAGCACACCUACCACAGCACACCUACCACAGCACACCUACCACAGCUCACCUACCACAGCACACCUACCACAGCACACCUACCACAGCUCACCUACCACAGCUCACCUACCACAGCACACCUACCACAGCACACCUACCACAGUUAGCCUACCACAGUACAACUACCACAGCUCACCUACCACAGCUCACCUACCACAGCUCACCUACCACAGCACACCUACCACAGCACACCUACCACAGUUAGCCUACCACAGUACAACUACCACAGCUCACCUACCACAGCUCACCUACCACAGCUCACCUACCACAGCACACCUACCACAGUUCACCUACCACAGUUAGCCUACCACAGCACACCUACCACAGCUCACCUACCACAGUUACCCUACCACAGCUCACCUACCACAGUUAGCCUACCACAGCACACCUACCACAGCUCACCUACCACAGUUAGCCUACCACAGCACAACUACCACAGUUAGCCUACCACAGCACACCUACCACAGUUAGCCUACCACAGUUAGCCUACCACCGUUAGCCUACCACCGUUAGCCUACCACAGUUAGCCUACCACAGUUAGCCUACCACAGUACAACUACCACAGUUCACCCACCACAGCUCACCUACCACAGUUCACCUACCACAGCUCACCUACCACAGCUCACCUACCACAUCACACCUACCACAGUACAACUACCACAGUUCACCCACCACAGCUCACCUACCACAGUUCACCUACCACAGUACAACUACCACAGUUCACCCACCACAGUUCACCUACCACAGCUCACCUACCACAGCUCACCUACCACAGCUCACCUACCACAGUACAACUACCACAAUUCACCUACCACAGCUCACCUACCACAGCUCACCUACCACAGUUCACCUACCACAGCUCACCUACCACAUCACACCUACCACAGCUCACCUACCACAGCUCACCUACCACAGCUCACCUACCACAGCACACCUACCACAGCUCACCUACCACAGCUCACCUACCACAUCACACCUACCACAGCUCACCGACCACAGCUCACCUACCACAGUUAGCCUACCACAGUUAGCCUACCACAGCUCACUUACCACAGUUCACCAACCACACCACACCACAGCACCCCUACCACAACAUACCUACCACAGCACACCUACCACACCACAGCACACCUACCACAGUAUCCCUACCACACCACUUACCACACCUACCACAGCCCCCCUACCACACCACAGCACCCCUACCACAGUACCCCUACCACACCACCUACCACACCUACCACAGCCCCCCUACCACACCACAGCUCACCUACCACAGCCCCCCUACCACACCACAGCACCCCUACCACAGCUCACCUACCACAGUUCAUCUCCCACCCAGUCAAGUCAGAUCUGUGAAGGGGAUUGAACAAGAACAAAGGGGAGCAGACAACUUCUUGAAAUGAAAUGCGGCCAAGGUGUUUCUUCUGUCUAAAUUGACUGAGAUUGACUGAGAUCAAACCCUGUGGUGGAGCGCUUUAGUGAAAUUGGUCACCUUGGAGACCAGCAUGUAGCAGAUCAGAGUGAGGAGGUAUGUGUGUGUGUGUGUGUGUGUGGGGGGG